AUGUCAACAGGCCACUCAACAACCACACCCGCCACCCACCACGAACCACACCCAAACCCCAUCGCUUUGACCUCCACCCCCUCAAACCCAAACCAAGUAAACUACACACCUGAUCCCUCCACCUCCAUUCCUCUUUCUCCUACACGUCAAAAAGUUAUUAAUAGUAUUACAUCGCUGUAUAGCGGUAGUUGUGUAGAAGGAGGAACGGGAGAAAUGGAUAUGCGUGUUUAUGCUGAGAAGGCGAUUUAUGAUGAUCCGUGGAGUUAUGUUAUUGUGAUGAUAGGUUUAAGAUUGCGGGGUAGUGGUAUGGAAUUCCUAUGA